AUGAAGGAGAUUGAUUUGGAUGAAUCGGACAGACAACACAACAAAAAAAAACAACAAUUUGGAAGGAAAAAUAAAAUAAUGAAACAAGGAAUGAUUUAUUCCGCGGCAGCCUCAGCUGGAGCUCCAUCAUCGUUGAAAACCGUACGUUUCGCCUUUGGCCCAUCGGAUCCAUUGUCAUCGCCAUCCGCUCCUCGCUUUUCAGCUCGUCGGUCAUCUCUUCCGCCUCUUCCUCCGCGUCCUCCUCGACCACGUCCUCCACGUCCUCCACGUCCACCGCGAUUAUUACGACCGCCGCGUCCACCGUGGAAUCCUCCUUGCUUCUGA